AUGAUGAAUGAAACCACCUCACAAUCAUCAUCACCAUCUCCUCAAUCCCCACCUUACUACGAACUAUCAUCUGAUACUGAACCAUCUGACCCUCAAUCCCCCACUCUGGCUCAGCUCCAAGCCCGUGCUCUGGCCUCUCAAAAGCCAUCACAUCCUGACCCUGAACCUGAAGUCACUUCCCCACCUCCAGAACAUCCAAAUCCAACCACAACUGAACCACAACCAUCUGAACCAACCCACUCUGAACCACAACCAUUAGAACCAACCCACUCUGAACCACAACCAUCUGAACCAACCCACUCUGACAUACCACCACCUAUCACUUCCGCUAACCCAACAACUCCCACACUUAAUCUAAGUGCCCCCGUCUCACCCUCUUCACCCUCCCAAGCCUCUGCCAAUGAACCAGAAACUACCCUUCAUACCCUUGAAGAAGCAAUCAAGAGAAUCAGAGAAGCUGAAGCAAAGGCUAUUGCUGAUGCUGCUGCUGAGGCUGAGGCAAAAGCUAAAGCCGACGCUGAAGAAGCAACUCGCAUUGCUGAAGAAGCUGCUGCCAAAGCCAAAGCUGAUGAACUGACUCAGGGAGAGCACUCCAAAUCUGGGUUCAUCCCUCUGGUCCUGAACACUCUCGAAGAACUGUAG